AAGGUAUAACUCUAAUUAGCGCUUGAAGAAUCUUUUCCGUGCCUGUGAAACUUUGAAUAAUGGAGUUUUUUUCCGUUGGGAGGUAUACGUAAAACAUAUUAUUAUUCACACAAAUUACCUUGGUAGAAUUACUGUUGUUAUUUGAAUGCUUACGUGCUGCACAACGAUGUGGAAUCUCUAACACUGAUUACAGCUCUGUAAACUACUCUUAAUUGCAGCUAAUCCAAAAAAAAACCAUAUCUCAUUGACCAUAAGUGCCAAUCCAAAAUGCAUUUUAUUGUAUAACCUAAAAUGUUGAAAAUUGAACGCUGACGGUGUAGGACGUAAAACAUAAAUUGUUAUUUUUUAAACUUUACCAUUACACAUAUAUUUUAUGCAGGUAUAUAUCAAUUAAAUAAAGAUUCUGUAUAUGACAUGUAAAUACCAUUGUUGACAAUUAAAUAACAUUUAUUGUAAAUACCUAAAUCCAAUGAAAUCAAGUGUCUUCCAAAACGAUAAUAUUAUAUGAAAAUAGUAUUUAAAAAUAAUAAUUAAUCCUAUGUACAUUUUAAGCAUAAUAGGGUUUUGGGGUUUUAUUAUAAAGUACAUUUACCUAAAUAAAUAAGUGAGCAAAGUGUGUUCUUAAUGCAAGAUUAUAAUAGGAUAUUAUUGUUACAUUUAUCGAAAAUGAUUUGAAGUGAAAAUGGACCAAAAUUAUUUAUCUGUGAUAUUGUGUACCCAUAUCUUUUGUCAUUGUUUCUAUUAUUGUGUCUAAGAAAAUGGCUUCAAAUAUGUUGAAAAUAAUCGUUGCUGUAUUCAUAUUAAACUAUAUGUAGAUAUGAUUACUUUAUUAAUAUGAGAGUUAUGUUAUUAUGUUUUGUUGAAGUUUCUGUAUAUUAAUACUAAGUACUUUUUAGACGAAAUAUAUUAUUAUUAUAAAUUAUUUAUCCAUGAAUUUUUACUUACGAAGAUCCUAUAUUUAUCAAUCAAUAUAAUUAGUAGUAAUAGCAUAUAUUUCGGAAACCCGUAAGAAAAUAAUAAUAAUAAAUAGUUAUUUGUAUUACAAGGGGGCUAAGGUAUUGUUUAAUCUCUCAUGUCACGCUCAUAUUGACACCCGACCAAGCGAAAUAUUCCAACUGGUUCGAAAAUUGAAUAGUGAGCGUUGGGAGCGUUUCAAGGCACGAGGGUUAAACAAACUUUGCCACCGAGUGAAAAACAAUGUAUUCACCACAGCAUCGCGAGGAAAAGACUUAACUGUAAAACAUCAAACAAAAAUGACAUUCAAACAAAUAUUUAUCAUUCAAAACCAUCACUCGAAAGUCAAUUCCACCAGCCAAAAUGGGGGAACAACUCAAAAUUUGCAUCUAGUUAGUUUGUCACUCUUGUGGAUAAAAUGCAACUUCCUCAUCAGUUUUUGAAGUAUUGAGAGAGCCUUUACCAGCAUGUGUGGAUUUUUUUAUAUAUUAUGAUCGCAUUUAAUGAAAGUAUGUAAAAAGUUACAAUUUCAGUGUAUCAUUUCUUCUAAUCAUCAAGUGGAUACACGUCUUUUAUAAAAUGCGACCAAUGUUUUCAUAAAAUUAGCCUUAAGGCCAGUCCAGACUGGAACAGUUUUUCGCCAAUCUGAUUAAAUUGUCGGUUCAAAUCAGGUGGUGUGGAUGCAAAAACCGAUUUGUCUCGCCGAUUUCGACCGCCGAUUAUGACAGAUAUUAGUGAUAUUACCAAUAAAAUGGAGAUGGCGACGCAAGAAUACCAAUUUGUGACGCUAUUCACGUUUGGGAGCAUUUUUUUAAAUUUAUAGUUCUCAAAUACCACCAUAAAUCUAAAAUAAGUGAUUAAAUUGGAAAUUUGUACCAAUUUAUUUUCUGAUAAAAUUGGUCCAUUCGAAAAUCCCGUCUGAACUGGCCUUUAUGGAGAGAGGUUACUUUGACAUAAUUAUUGUGUUAGUGUGUAUCCAAGCACCCCUCCCACUCGCUUUACAAAUGACAUCAACUGUAUUGCGCGACCAAACAAUGCAUCUUUUUCAUCUACACAACUAGAAAUUACGUGUGUCUAUAACAAUACGUAUAUUCCAACACAACAAUAGAUCUCUUGACCACAGACAUAUUCAAUUAGACGUCGCGUAUGUCGCGCUACACCGGGCAUCUAUUUAUAUAUGCAAAGAGUGCUAUUAAAUUAUUACUAUUUAAGUGAUUUAGGUAUGUGUGCUAAUCGAUCGAAUGUAAGAACUUCACUUCGCUUCCCUCGCUUGUUCGAAAAUCAUAACGUACCAUGAAACAUAAUAACAAUUUUAUUGGAAGGCUGAUUUUAGUCUAAGAAGUCUGUCCGAUUUGGCUUGACCUUCAAUUUGGCUCAUUUUCGAAGAACAAAAUACUGUCUCCUUAUGGAAACAUCCUCCCCACUGCAAUACAGGCAUGGUAAUUAAAUAUUGGUUAUUCAGCAUAUUAUACGAAAUAUUUCUCAAUAUAUUGGCGUAUAAUGUGAUAUUUUAUCUAUUACAGUUUGCUUCUACUUCCGACACUUCCCCGCCAGUAAACGUUAUAUUUUCGACAGCGUGCCGACACUCCCUAAAUGCUAACACGGACUAUAAUGAAAAACACAGAAGGUCAUUUUAAAUAAAUUCAAUUUAUUUUAAUUACUUCUUGUAUGGUUGUUAAAUAAAAAUAUUAAAGUAAUUGUAUAACAUUUCAGUAAUUGAACUAGGAUUUGAGUUUACAUUCGUCUCAAAACGUAUGACUCUUAUGAGUACAAUAAGUACAUACGUAUUUCACGGGACUUUCCAAAUAGCUCCUAUUUUAUGUAGGUUAGGUGUUUGGCUACAUUUAUGAAAAUCAUAAAAUAAUCGGACUUCAAAAGUAUUUUAGUUCAAAUAGCUCCAAAUGAGUUCCAAAUAAUGCUGUGAUAUUAUCUACUCAUUUAGAUAUAUGUCUGUUGUGUUUACAGUGCUAUUCAAUACUUGCUGUUCAGUCUCUAGUGUCUCUACCGCGUCACUGUUUACAAACACUCGCUUCCCUUAGAGUCCGAUGUCAAAGAUAAUAUCAGUAUUUUUUCAAACGCCGCACCAAAUGGAAUUGUUUAUAUUGCUCUUCGGACUAGGCCUAGCCUCGGCCGAGUAUAGCUUGGACUACGGGCACAUAGAAGCUUUCUUGAAAGAAAGAAAAUCGGCCCAGAAGACGAAGAAUGGACCACUUUUUCAUAUAUCAUCUCCAGUUGGCUGGCUUCGGGAUCCAGCAGCGUUCAUUUAUUUCAAAAACCAAUAUCAUAUUUUCUACGAAUAUCAUCCUAACAACGGCGCGUGGGGGGCUGUGAACUGGGGCCAUGUGGUCAGUUCUAACCUGGUCGAUUGGGCGCAUUACCCUCCAGCCCUUGUGCCGAAAGACUAUUAUGAGAAACAAGGCUGCCUCGCCGGGAGUGCCAUUAUUCACGAUCGCUAUCUCACUCUAUUCUACACUGGCUACGCGCUAAGGAACUCCAAAAGCUGGCAGACUCAAAACGUUGCUAUCAGCACAGAUGGAAUCAUCUUUCAGAAAUACCUUUACAAUCCGGUUAUAAGGGAAGACUUGCAUGGCGUCGGCAACUUCAGAAACCCUAAGGUGUGGAGACAUAGGAACAACACCUACAUGAUGCUUGGGACUACAUCUAGAGAACAACUCGGCAGACUAGAACUUUACACUUCCGUGGACAUGAACAUGUGGACCUUUAAUAAAACCUUAGCAGAGUCCUACGGAGAUAUGGGUUUUAUGUGGGAGAACCCGGACAUGGUCGAAAUGGACGGCAUGGACGUAUUGAUAUUAUCCGUUCAGGGUAUCCAGGCAGACUGCUUUAGAUUUAAAAACAUGUAUCAGACUGGCUAUAUUGUUGGGCACUUCGAAUACGAUAAACUGGCUUUCGAGAACAUGGAAUUAUCGACAGCGACUUUCAACGAACUAGACCAUGGUCAUGACUUCUAUGGCGUAAAGACUGCAAUAGCUCCUGAUGGGAGGAGGCUUUUAAUAGCUGGAUUGGGAAUGUCGAGCUUAGCAGAAUCCCGGCACGGCUGGGCGAACAUGCUUACCCUAGUGCGGGAGAUACAGCUUAACAAAAAGGGAGAAAUCCUCAUGAUGCCCGUCAGAGAAGCCAAACAGCUUCGCAGAGAAAUCCUUGAGCGUGCUUGGUAUUCUCCUGGAGGCGCUUUCACGUCCGACACUAAAUAUUUCGAGCUGAUUUUAAAUACUACAACUGCCACUAGAGAUGUAAGUAUCACUUUCGAAUGGGGUGACGGCAGUCAGUUUAAAGUCGGGUAUUCUUCUGAACAUCGAUAUGUAACUGUUGAUAGAGGAAGAGAGGAUGGAGUGAGGCGCGCAGACUGGUCUCCAAAAGGAAUCGUCUAUUGGCGUAUCUUUAUGGAUUAUUGCGCUGUGGAGGUAUAUUGUGGGAACGGUGAAGUGGUAUUCACAAGUAGGAUACCUCUACCACGAGGUCGUGUGGUCGUUAAAGUGGGUGGAGAAACGAUGGUCCAUAUCACGCAAUAUAAGCUCAGGCGGGGUGUUGGUUACAGUAGAAUUUCGAGCAAGAAAAUGAAGUAUGAAUAUCGGAAGAAAGUUGAAAAGAAGGCGAAGACGAAGGCUAACAAAGUCAGUCUCGAAGAUGAGUGAAUUGGCAAAUAGAGAUUGUUAUGUUAGUCCGCGCUUGAUAUGCAAUUUUUGACUAUUGUGAUUAGAGCAUGAAAGUUUCAAACAGUGUCGUCUCGUAAGAGUAUAUGUGUAACCGGCAAAGACUUAACCCUUUCCCGGUUUUGUAAACUACAAGUCACAAUUUUUAAAGUGUAAAUGUAACUAAAUAUAAGUUUUUAGUUUUUUAGAAUUAAUGCUUCCCAAAAUAUUUUGUCAGGUGGAACUGUUAUGUCUGUUAUUGUUAAGCUGUGCUACCUGAAAGAAAAUUCCAAAUAAUUGGAGAGGUCAACUUUGACGUUCACUCACUGAUUAUACUUAUGUAUGUACUUAGAUUUAAAUGUAUGUUAAGUA